UUUCUUGUCGUUGGAAAAGCAGGGAUUGGGAAAUCCCUGUUUUGCCAAAAGGUGAUUCGCGAUUGGGCCAACAACGAAUUAUUUCAAGCACGAGAAAACACUGAAAUCCCCAAUUUAAAGUUUGUGUAUUUGCUUACUUUCCGUCAAUUGAAUUUGCUUGAAAAUAACUGUGUGAAUGUAAGAGAAAUCUUAAAUUGUUGUUCGACUCUGGAUGACAGAUGUAACAUUGAUGACUCUACAUUUGAGUACAUUUUAAAGCAUCCCAAGGAAGUUAUGAUCAUCCUCGACGGCUAUGAUGAGUAUUCACAGCAAGACUACAUCGCUGAAAACUUAGAAGAACAGCAUCCCAAUAAUGCUAGACGUAAAAUGCCGGUGACCGCAUUAUGUUCAAAACUCAUCAAAGGAAAAAUCUUGAAAGAGACUAUCGUCAUGGUUACCUCGCGACCUGAUGAAUCUGACAAAAUGGGAGGAAUCCGUUUUAAACGAUACGUGGAAAUUGCGGGGUUUUCGUCAGAACAAGUGAAAGAGUACAUUGAGAAAUACUUCAAGAACAACGAAAAUAUGAAGAACGCUGUACUUAAACAUGUCACGAACAAUGAGAACCUUGUCAGUUUUGCUCAUAUUCCUAUGCUGUGUUAUCUGUUGUGCUUCGAGAUGGAGUAUACCCUUGCUGAAUCAGAAAAUCCUGAUGACCUUCCUGUCUCAAUAACCAACAUUUACACCAAACUUGUUGAUAUCUUUGAACUUAAGCACUGCGCCGAGUCAGAAUACAGACAGGAAGAAAUUCCUGAGCAAUUCAAGCCCCCUUCUGUCAUCAAGAACACAUUAGAGAAAUUAUCAAAACUAGCGGCGAAACUGGUGGUUGAGAGAAAGCCAACUUUUGAUGAAGGGGAGAUGGAAGGCGAGUUUGAGCUGGAAGAAGUCAACAAACUGAAAGGUAGCGGUCUUCUUUACUGUGAUCAGCCUUUCAGGACUGGACUGAUUACAACCACGAAGCACUUUAGCUUCACGCAUCUAACCGUCCAAGAAUUCUUGGCUGCUCGUUGGUUUGUUAAGGAAAAUUGUGUUCCAGACGAAGAAUGCUCUGAAAUGGUUUUCCAAUUCAUGGCUGGCAUGUUGUCAAGUGAAGGAAACGAGGAACUGAUGGAAAAAUUAUUAGAUUCACCCUUUAUGCGUCGUAAUCUUAAAAUGACGUGUCUGAAUGAGAAUCAAAACAAAGAAUUUUCCAAAAAAUUCAUCAGGAAUAAUCCGCAAGCGUUUUGUAAUUCAGUCGGCGUCGUGGCUUUUGAGGUUUUUUCUGAUGUGGGCUGCAUUGGUGUAUCAUUUGUGUUGGACAUUAUCAGUGAACUAAAUAAAGAGGAAGCUGGAGAGGCACAACACAAAUGUUCUGAUAAGUUCGUCAAAGUUAAGAAGGUAGGACUUAGCGGACCACAGCUAACACGGUCUGGAAUACAACGAGUCUGUAAUUCACUGAACAAUAAACACUGUCUUGUGUCUAAAUUGAACUUAUUGGACAUUUACUUGGCUGAUGAAUGUGUUGAUGUUAUUAAUAGAUUAGUAGUAAGGAAGUUAACCGCAUUAAGUCUAGUGAGCACUUGGAUCACUGAUACUGGUGUUGCCAGUCUAUGGGAAGCUUUACAGCAUCCAAGCUGUAAGCUAACCACACUAAAUCUGCAGAGUAGUUCUAUCACUGAUACUGGUGUUGCCAGUCUGUGUAAAGCUUUACAGCAUCCAAGCUGUAAGCUAACCACACUAAAUCUGCAGGGUCGUUCUAUCAAUGAUACCGGUGUUGCCAGUCUAUUUGAAGCUUUACAGCAUCCAAGCUGUAAGCUAACCAGACUAAAUCUGCCUUCCUUUCCUUAG